AUUCUCUUUCCCGGGUCGGAGUUGGGCAGAGCCCUAAACCGAUAGAUACGCACAGCUAGAAAGGCCCGCGCCUCCUCCCCACCCAGAUACGCACACCAACAGAUCAAUACAGAAUCCAAAACCAGUCACACAAAGGUGCACAGCAGCACACAAAGAGAACCCGGGGAAGCUAACAGCCGAGAACCAGGCGGCACAGCUCCUCCCCCACCCCGGGAGACUCAGAGCCUCGGCUUAUUCCGGAGCACUCUUCUCCAUCCAAGAACGAGGGACAUCUCAGACCCCACAAAAGGCAGUUCCGAGGAGGCUGAAGCUGGAGGUCGGUUAGAAACAACAAUGAAAACCGACACGUUUUUGAGGCGUUGUGAAGAAAACUCCUCAUCUGAUUCUCGCAACCUUCAGGCUUUGGAGACUCCCCUGACCUGACAAGGAGAAGAGAAGGGAAUGGGGCAUACGAGACCCUGAUCAACCUUUCCCAUCAGGGGCCGCUUUUUCUUGCCUCUCCAUACUCAGCCCUGGCCCUGGGACCCGCGCCCGGUAUUGGACAGACAGCCGCCCCUUGGUUUACCUCCCAGCCACCUAGCAAAGCCCAUUACGCAGGGGAGCAAAGAGGUCCAGGCAGUGGGGGAAGAACGGACUGGCAGCCACGCGAGCCAAUGAGAAUCUCGGCUUGACCCAGGAUAGACCUAUCUACGCAACCUGUCCGCGAGGAGGCGGGGCUCUCCGCUGCAAGUCACCCGCAAUGCUUCUCUGUCUCAGGUGAGGCCCGCAGUAGCGGACCAGGGAGCCAGAUCCCAUCUGAGGGAGUGAACUCGAAACCCUCUCCCCCUCCCAAUGGCUAUGACCUGGACAGCAAAGUGGCACAGGACCCCGGACCCAGGGCUGAACCUCGAGUGGGCCGUGGGGCCAUAGAGAGCCUCGCUACCAUGGACCCCCUGGGCCUGGGGGACCUGUCUUCGGGUUCACUAAGUUCCCUCUCCUCUCGCGGCCACCUGGGCAGCGACACGGGCUCCGCAACGCGAUACCUGCUAAGGAGACAACAGCGGCUGUUGGAGGGGCCCCCCCGGGGAAUCCGAGCCUCCUCACCCAUGGGCAGAGUCAUCCUCAUCAAUUCCCCCAUCGAAGCCAACAGCGAUGAGAGUGACAUCAUCAAUGCAGUGACCGUGGAAAAAAGCCCAGCAGGAAAGCUGGGCUUCAGUGUUCGUGGGGGCUCAGAGCAUGGCCUGGGCAUCUUUGUCAGCAAAGUGGAGGAAGGGAGCAGUGCCGAGAGAGCUGGGCUUCGAGUGGGAGACAAAAUCACCGAGGUGAAUGGGCUCAGCCUGGAGAGUACCACCAUGAGCAGCGCCGUGAAGGUGCUGACCGGGAGCAGCCGCUUGAGCAUGAUGGUGCGGCGGAUGGGCCGGGUGCCUGGGAUCAAGUUCUCCAAGGAGAAGACCACGUGGGUGGAUGUGGUCAAUCGAAGGCUGGUGGUGGAGAAAUGCAGUUCGACCCCCUCAGACUGCAGCUCCGACGACGGUGUGAGACGCAUCGUCCACCUGUACACGACCUCUGAUGACUUCUGCCUUGGCUUCAACAUCCGAGGGGGCAGAGAGUUUGGUCUGGGAAUCUAUGUCUCCAAAGUGGACCACGGAGGACUGGCCGAGGAGAAUGGCAUCAAAGUGGGGGACCAAGUCCUGGCAGCCAAUGGAGUGAAGUUUGACCACAUCAGUCACAGCCAGGCUGUGGAGGUGCUGAAGGGCCAGACGCACAUCAUGCUGACCAUUAAGGAGACAGGAAGAUAUCCAGCCUACAAGGAGAUGGUGUCCGAAUACUGCUGGCUGGACCAAUUGAACAAUGGGCCCCUGCAGCAGCUGUCACAGACAUCGGAGAGUAGUUCAACUGUCUCCUCCUACUCCUCCAGCAUUCCUUACAGUUCUGGCUCUGGCUCCAGCUGCCUCCCCUUGGACAUGGUGGAUGUGGGCCUAUCCACAGAGGAGCUAGUGGGGCCAGGGGCCAGGGGCUGGGGCCGGGCGGACACGGCCAUACAGACCGAGCCAGAGGUCAGCGGGGUGGUGGAGACAUGGUGCAGUGUCCGGCCUACGGUCAUCCUCAGAGACACAGCCAUCCGAUCAGAUGGGCCCCUCCUUGCCCGAAGGUCCUGCUCUCGCCUUGACACCGCACUGUCCGAGUCGCCCAAAACAGCCCUCCUACUGGCUCUCAGCAGGCCUCGUCCACCUAUCACUCGCUCUCAGAGCUACCUGACCCUAUGGGAGGAGAAGAAACGACGGAAGAAAUCGGGGUCAGGGUCGACCCCAGAGAAGGGUACCCUACAGCGCUCCAAGACACUGAUGAACCUCUUCUUCAAGGGGGGAAAGACUGGGAGGUCAGGAGGAGAUGGCAAGAAUGAGGCCGCAGGGCUGGAGAGCGAGAGUAUGGGCAGGUUCCGUCCACAUCUGGAAGGGGAGAAAGGGGGAUCAGGACCUGUGCAGAAGUUUGUCACCUGGAAACUGAGAAGGGACAGAGAGAGGGCUCAGACAAUGCUCUUCCCUGGAUCAGAGGGACACUCCAGCAAACUGCGCAAUGGAGAGGACCGGGUCCAGGCUUGGGAGAGCCGUCUCCCCCUCAUCCAGGACCUGGCCCGGCGCCUGCUCACUGAUGACGAAGUCCUGGCUGUCACCCGGCAUUGCACCAGGUAUGUCCACGAGGGUGGGGUGGAGGACCUGGUGCGGCCGCUGCUGGCCAUCCUGGACCGGCCCCAGAAACUGCUGUUACUUCGAGACAUCAGGAGUGCCGUGACCCCUGCAGACCUCAGCAAAUUUGACAGCCUCGUGAUGCCCAAAGAGCUAGAAGCAUAUGAAGCCCUCAAAAGCCGGGCAGUGAGGCCCCCAGCUCUGCGACCCACUCGGCAGGACACGCCGCCCAAGCGCCACCUCAUCACACCUGUGCCUGACAGCCGGGGAGGCUUCUAUCUGCUCCCCGUGAAUGGCUUCGCUGAGGACGAGGAGGAGGCGGAGGCGGCCGCGGCUAGCGCGCUGGGCGACCGGCUGGCGGGGAUGAAGGUCUCGCAGCCGGCGGACCCCCAGAGUCCAGCCCCAGCUCUGGCUGCCUCCCUUCGCUGCUCUCACAAGCCCUUCCCUCCACUGCGGGACGUGCCAGUGGACGCUUUCUCUUGCCCCGGCCGCCGCAGCGCAUCUCCCCCGCCACCGCCGCCCCGACCACCACCAGUAGCCCCGCGACCUCCGCGGCCCAAUUGGCUGCUGAGCGAGCCCCCCGGGCGGGCGCGAGAGGACGCCCGGCACAGCCGGAGCCGGGGGCGCAGCCGCAGCCGUAGCCGCAGCCGCGGGAAGUCUCCGGGCCGCCGGCGCUCCCCGUCCCCGGCCCACGGGAACGGGCGCUGCGGCAAGCCCCGCCGCUCCCGACCGCCCCUCCCCAAGGCCCUCCCGGGCCCCAGUGCGCUGAAGAUCGCCGCGGACCCUGAGCAGCCUAGAGGGACCCAGGAGCGAGGGAGGCCUCCGGACCGCGAUGGAGAGGGGGAGCUCAGGACCGUCACUCUCUCCAAGUUCAGACAAUCCCUAGGUAUUAGCAUUUCCGGGGGCAUAGAGUCCAAGGUGCAACCCAUGGUGAAGAUUGAGAAGAUUUUUCCCGGAGGGGCGGCCUUCCUCAGUGGGGCUCUGCAGGCUGGCUUUGAGCUUGUCUCUGUGGAUGGGGAGAGCCUUCAGCAGGUGACUCACCAGCGAGCUGUGGACACCAUCCGCAGGGCCUAUCGCAACAAGGCCCGGGAACCUAUGGAGAUAGUGGUCAGGGUCCCCCAGGCACCAGCCACCACCUCCUAGCCCCUGGCCACCCUGCUUCUGUGGCCUCCUUCCCCCACUAACAGAUGGAGGUCCCCUGGGGUUGCCCCAAAGUCCCCAGCUGACUACAAGCACUUUCCUUGAGAGCCUCAGAGAGGGCAGGAGAGUGGCCAGCAAGAAAGUGGGCAACAGUGCUAGGAGUAGCCUUCUCUCCUCCCAUUCCUUCUUGGGCUAUGUCUUGGGCUGGACAUCUGAGGAGGCUGAGAGGCUCUCCAGGGUCAGACCUUCCACUCAAGCCUCUUCAGGGGAGAGGCAGAACUGCCCUGGGACUCCAGGCCCUGCUGUAAAAGGAUUUCUGGGCCUUUUCCUAGUGGACUUCUACCAGGCCUCCCCAAAGCAGGGUGGGAGUGAGCAGGAGUGUGUAUGUGGGCAAAGGACAGAUUCCCCCCCCCCCCCCCACACACACACUUUCAGUGUACUCAUUUUUCUUAAAAACAAAAAAAAUUUAAAUUUUUUUUCUUUGGGUUUGUACAAGAAAUUUACACAUGUGAAAAAUAUACAAUUUAAAAGAUGCCAUAAACUUGGGAAGGAGGGUGGGGUGACGUUAGAGACUGGAAUAGUAACAAACACAAAUAAACAAGAUGUCUCUGA